GAAUCAUUCUUACAGGGUUCGGUGAUUCACUGUAAUGCUGCUGCACUGCCGUAAGCACUCAGGAAGGGAGGGGAAGAGAUCUUGCCGUACAAUUCGCUGUCCGCAUGCGUGUUGCAAAAGCGGUGAAUUUGAGUGGCUGGCGGCGUCCUUUGCGGUCUCGAAAGCGGCUGCUGAGCUUGGAUUUUCAAUCCCGGGGCUGGCGCUUGUAGCGUGGGCCGCUCGGAGCCGCGAGCUGGGGUGGUUGGAGCAGCCGGCCGUGCGUGCUGUGUGUCUGGGCGCCGGAAAACGGGGGUUUCGGCCAUCGUGCGAGAGCUGAGCGACAAUGGAGGCGCCCCCAGUCACCGUGAUGCCCGUUACGGGCGGCACAAUUAACAUGAUGGAGUACCUGCUGCAAGGCAGCGUGCUCGACCACUCUCUGGACAGCUUGCUGCACCGGCUGAGGGGUCUGUGUGACAACAUGGAGCCCGAGAGCUUUGCGGACCACGAGAUGGUUUACCUCCUGAAGGGCCAGCAGGGCAACCCCUUCCUGCUGCGGGCGCGGCGCUCCCUGGACCGGCCGGCGUCCCCCUGGCACCUGCGCUACCUGGGCCAGCCGGAGGUGGGCGACAAGAGCCGGCACGCUCUGGUGCGCAACUGCGUGGACGUGGCUGCUUCUCAGAGCCUGCCCGACUUCCUCAAUGAGAUGGGCUUCCGCAUGGACCACGAGUUCGUGGCCAAGGGGCACAUGUUCCGCAAGGGGGCGCUGAAGGUGGUGGUCUGCAAACUCUUCCGCAUGCUGGUGCCAGGCAACACGGAGAGCAUCGAGGCCCUGUCCCUGUCCUACCUGGUGGAGCUGAGCGUGCUGGCUCCGGCCGGCCAGGACACGGUCUCCGAGGACAUGAGGAGCUUCGCCGAGCAGCUCAAGCCCCUGGUGCACCUGGAGAAGAUUGACCCCAAGAGACACAUGUAGAGCCCAGGCCAGGCAAGAGGAGGCCCAGCAGGGUGUUCUGGUUUCAGCCUGCUGCCGGGCGAGAGUUCAGCUUGCUGGUCGCGUUGGCUGGCAUUCUGUGGUUUUCAUCUACAGACUGUAGGUCAGAAGAUAUGAACCUCUGAAACCUUACCAUUUGAGAGCAGGCUUUGCUCAUUUAGCGGUAUUGAUGCAACAACCUCAUCCAUCCGCUUGUUGAAAGAUUCAAGGAUGUUGCCAGUAUUGCUGGGUAGUUUGUUCCAGACGCUUACAACUUUUCUGAUGUUCUAAAAGAAUGAGGACCCAAUUUUCAAUCUUAAAUGCAUUUCUUAUUGUCUACUAGUGUUCUCAGGUCCUUCUUGCAUGUUGAGCCCUGAAGCUGCUCACUGGGUUCACUGUUGUCAAUACCUUUCAAGAUUGUGAAUACUUGUAUCAAGUACCCUGGUACUGCCCUCUAUUCAGAACUAAAGACGUUCAAGCUGCUUACGAAUGUUUGCAAUAGAGAUUGUACAGCGGCUGGUGGUGUUAUGUUUGAAACAAGCUUUAUCACUGGAAAAACUCCCAGGUUUUACAUUACAAACAUGUCUCUGGUUUUACAUUACUAGCAUUGAAUAUAUAUGGGAAGAAAAAACAAAUGUCUUGAAUAAAAUGUUUUGUGUGAGUUUUCUGCGAAA